AUGCAAGGUGACACCCCUGGUGGGGCGGGAAGUAGGUGUGUCACUGACUGGCAAAAAGUUAGAGAAGAGCUGCAAGAUAGGGGCUUGGUUACUGUAUUCCCUGUAGUAGCAGGGGAGGAAAGACCAGAAUGGGUUCCAUUAGACCCAAAGGGAAUUACUCAGUUAAUAGCAGUGAUAGAGAAGAAGGGGUUGAAAUCACCUCUAACAUUGAACGCAUUAGAGGCCCUAACUGAACGGGGCCCUAUGCUCCCCUAUGAUAUCGAGAACCUCAUGCACAUAGCACUCAAACCUGUACAAUAUAUACUUUGGAAAGAGGAAUGGCUGAUUGAACACAGGCGGGUAGUAACAGCUGCACAAAACGAACCAGGUCACCCCGUGGAUGGCACGGACAUACUGAGGCUUACAGGAUCAGCACCAGGCAUGGUUACCCCAUGUGCUCUGUUAGCUCUGUUGCGCCCAGGGGAAUUAAUAGUAACUACUGAUGCGGCGUGAGGGGCCUUCGGGAGGUUUGCCCGCCACACAGAACCAUCCACACCAUGGAUGGAAAUAAUCCGCCCGACUGAAUCAUUCCAAGACUUUGCCGAUAGGUUAAUUAAGGCGGCUGAGGGGUCAGACUUACCCAGAGCUGUUCAUGGCCCUGUAAUUGUGGACUGCCUUAAGCAAAGGUCCCUUGAGGAUAUUAAAAAUCUGCUUCGUAUGGCCCCUGGGGAGAUCACCACACCGGGAGAGAUCGUUAAAUAUGUACUAAACAAACAGAAAUCUACUCCCUUGACUAAUGAGGGCCAGGCAGCCGCUCUUGCUGACGCAAUGGCUGGGGCUUCAACAUCAUCUAAGGGUCCCUGCUUCCGGUGUGGGCAGUACGGCCACAUUAAGGCCCAGUGUAAAUACAUUAAGGAUGGGGAAAGGGACAGUGUCAUCUGUCAACUGUGUGAAAGAGAGGGACAUAAUGCUCCACAAUGUAGGUGCUUGAAAAUGUGGCAGCAGGGAAACAACAAGGGGAGAGUUCCUCAGGCCCAGGACGUCUUUACCCAACCCACCAGUUCUACCAGCCCUGCCCAUGAAAUUUAUAAAACGCCCACCAUGGCAUUAAUCCUAGACUGCCAGAACCACCCACUGGUCAGGAUUUUCAUGUCGCACAUUAACCUGCUGCCUGAAUUCUCAGGCCGCCAUUCCAUCAUGGUCACAGACCUUCUUGACUCAGAGGCAGAUGUUACGAUGAUUUCUGACAGAGUCUGGCCCGAGGAAUGGCCGGUGGGCCCGACUCAAGUUGUCAGAGGAGUCAGGGGGUCUAUUUCUGCUACAAGGUGCCUAGGAGAAGUAGAGAUCAUUUUAGUUAACAGGGACGGCUCAUUGGAGAGACCCGCUCUGCUUGUCCCGCUAAUUGCUAAAAUCCUGGGCACGUUGUUAGGGCGGGACUUUCUGAAUAGGGUGGGUGCACGUAUCACAAAUUUAUAA